UAUAGUCGACGUGGUUGUAUGUGUAGCCAGUCAAGUCGAAUCAUGGAUCGUAAAAUUGUACUCUUUUUCGUUGUGUUGGCGAGUCUACAAAGUUUUGGAACAGCGUUGAAUUGUUACAGCUGCUGGAGUGGAGAAGAAUUUGAAUACAGUAGUAGCGAUAGCAGCGAUGACAAUCCAACUGAUGGUCUCGGUCUCAUACUUAGCGACGCCUCUUCCUCGGCAUCUAGCGUUGCUUUGACUGAUGUGUGCCUGCCACAUAAUUUCGACCCAGCUCUUGCGACUGAGUACGAAGCAACCUGCUUAUAUGACAACCCUAUUUGUAUGACUGUUUCUGUGAGCACGGGUGGAAUGGUUACCGACAUUUGGCGAACCUGCUAUAAAAAAAAUAUUUGUGAAUACGGGUGUCUCCGUGACCACGUUACUGGUGCUGAAGUUUGUUAUUCGUGCUGCGAGGGUGAUUUAUGUAACACUGACAGUGGGUCGAAUGCAGUCGUCACCAGUUUCUCGUUGAUUUUGGCCGCUUCAUUUCUUGGAAUAUACAAUAUUCACUAAUUAGUACUAACUACUAGUAUUCUCUACACAUAUAUCCAUCACAUUAAAUACGUACUCAAUCUCAUUAAUCCUGUCUUUCUCUCUCAAAAUAAAAUACAAUACACUUUAUAACACUAUACUCAGUGUUGAAACUCCACCACGAAACAGUCGAAUUCAUGACCCCCGCAAAUGACCGGCAAAAAGAUUUUUUCUGCAACCACGAAAUUCUACAGAUGUUUUUUUUCGAGCACUGGUCGUAGUGGGCGUCGUUCAAUUCAGGUUUGCCAAAAAUCAAUAGUAUGUUUUGCCAUUCUUUUAACGGAUGGGGAGAUAGUUGAGCUGUUGUAUUUUUCUGUUGCGAAAUAUUGCAUUCCAUUUUUCAUUUCCAAGACGAAAUCGCAUGUACAAGUUAUUUCGGGGCAUAUAGCUGAUUUAGUUUUGCUCUUGUAGAUUAGUUUUCACCUAUCGUUUAUGAUUCUGACCUCUCCCGAGAGAAAAUACUGGACGCACGUGAAAAUAUGAGAGAACAUCAAGAUAUACCACAUAGCGAGCACCAAUUAUUGUGUAACGAACACGUGGCCAGAGAAGCAAUAUAUCUGGCAGAGUGGGGUGAGCUGAGCUGUCAACAUUGUGCAUUGCACUUAUAUCCGAGCUAUUUUAACGAGUUUUGUUAUGAAUAUAUAAUGUUAUGUCUGUUUCAUGUCUGUAUUUCUGUCAGUCGGCAUGACAUCAUCAACUGUCCUUACAAUGUUAGACGAUGUAUCAUUCUCACAAACUAUACAACUCGUGUUCACAUCCAAUUCAAACGCGCUAUGACGCCGUACCACGUGACGCUAUGACGCCGUACCACGUGACGCUAUGACGCCGUACCACAUGAUUCAUAAUCUUUGAGAACGUUUGUCGCAAUACAUCACGAAACAUUCUACCGGUGUAUGUUUUUUUUUGAAAACAAAUAGUAGAAUAUUAUUCAAACAUUGAACAGUUUCAUAAAACGAAACAUUAAAGCAAAAUUACGCUUUGUUAUAAUUUCUUAAACCCAAAAGAUAACAAAGUACUCAUAAAGUCGUAUACCCUACAAUAGAGAUAUAUGGUAUUAUGAUUCACCAUAGAAAGCAAUGGGUAGCGUUCUAAUACUGGAAAAUGACGGUCGUUCACUAAAAUGUAAUAAUCAUUUUCUAAAAAAAAUUAGACUGAUGACCCCAAAACAAAAUCAACAUCAUAAUUGGCCACGACUUGCAUGUUUUUUUGCAAAAUGGAUAAAAUCUGUUUUUUUUAUGUGUAAGUAUUCGCUUGCACUAAAUACUUGAUUCUUACGGUAAUGAUUAAUUGCUUCAGGCUUGAAUGGCUCAUCGGACAAAACACGGAGAAUAACCUGGGAUUUUGAUGUGGGUAGUUGAUAUUGUCAAGCAUUUAUUUAGAUGAUUUAUAAUGAUAUGUUUAAUCUUAAGCUAACAUUAUACUAAAGGCUGUCGCUGAUUUGUCGAUGUCGACAAAAUACAGUUAUGGAUGAAAUUUGUACGUAUUAUUGUUUAUAUUGUACAUAAAUUCAUUUCAAUAAUUUACAUUGUUGUAUACGUGUUGAGUGUGUAUAUAUCAGAUCAGAUCUUUUAAUAAGAUUCAGAAACAUCAUAAUUUCGGUUUUGUUUUUUAUUUGUGUUAAUACAAUAUUUAACCUAUAUGUAGCCGUUAUUUUUGCUUGAAUAAAAACUAACUUCCAUUGUAUUACUUCAGAAACUAAUAAAGUAACUAUUAUUGCUCA